AUGCAUUUAUUGAAGAAAUAUAAUGGGAAUGCAGAAAUUGUCGCUGGUCAUCUGCUUGACGGAAAUUUCGACACACCCGCUGUUGGGGUUAGCGAACCAGAAGAGCGCGGUCGAACGAUGAACAAAUCGGCACCAGCACUUCCCCCUAGACGGAAACAUUCGAGCCCUGUAGAUAAUUCUAUGGCACUUGUCCCAACAACUGGGGAACAACCCCCAAGGUAUGAUCAAAUGGAGGAUGACGAUAUGAAAAAAGCCCUGGCCCUUUCAAUGGAAGACCAGGGGCCUCCCCCACUAGAACCCAUACCUGAAGAGUACGGACCUUAUAAUCAACAAGACGUGAAGAAAUACGAUAACAGGGCAAGAACCGAUCACGCACUCAGACAAGCGCUUGAAGCCAGUCUCAACGACGGAAAAAGUAAUUUAGCCGCGGAUCUAUACGUUGAUCGGCCCGCUGAGGAGCGAGGGCGGGAAAGUGACGGACGGCCAGUCGCGUUUCGAUCCAGCGAUCAAAAUUCGAUAUUUGCCCCUCCCAUAUUUCAGGCGCUGAUGGCACUCGCGCCUUUGCGAGCAAGGUUAAAAGAACAACAUGCUCAAUUUACGCCCAAUGGUGAUCAAGUUGCGAAAGAAAAUCUGGAACAUGCCUGGCAUGACAGUCAAUUGACACGGGAUAUGAUGUGCCAUGCUGAAUGUACACAACAAGCCUAUAUUGAUAUUAAACCCUGGACAGGGGAAUGGUCUGAUAGCGUAUCUGCACAUUCACCCGCAACAGCAGCAACAGAACUCCUUGGACGUCUGACCAAAAACCUAAAUCUGGCACUGGCGUCUCCAAUCACACCCUUAUUUCUUCCUACAAUUGAUAGUGUGUCUAACGAAGCCAAGGUUCCCAAAUCGCCACUCCCUCCUCACGUCGAGUUGACCAAGCCACAAGAUCAGCAGUACUAUGUCAUCCCACUUGCUAUGGGCGCUGGAUCUCCGAACAACAACAACCUCGCCGAUAUCCUUGAAUACCAUAUCGCAGCCGAUGGUCUAGGAUUCGUACGCGAUACUUUACCCGAGAUAUUAUCAUUUAAGGUGGAUAGGAGCCCGAAUCAAUCAGGUGGAACAGGAAAAUUUGGGUUUCCUGCUCGAUUAUGGUUUGAUCGGUGGGUGAUGGACAAGAGGGACUUUGUUCUGAGGACGAUCAAGUCGAGAGAGAAGGAUAUCGAGGAACAAGUUAAAACGAUGGAAAGUGAAAGUGUCAAACUGAGAAAGUGCGAGGGGCGUGACACUCUAGCCGAUCUACGUGCGUGCAUCCGACAUUUUGAGCAUACGGCCACAGAUGGCGGAGAUCCGAAGCGUAAAGUUCGGAACGAUAAUACAUUGAAGAAGCUCAAGUCGAUUUUGAAGGAUAUUGAAGAUAAAUUGGCUGAACAUGCCACAAAGACGGAAGAACUCAACGCAGAGCGAUCGAAAUUAUGGGAUUUACCAGAACUACGAACAAUAAAGGCAAGUAGUCCGGAGCAGUCCGAAUUUGAUCAGAUUUUACUUACAUAUUACUACAGUCGAGCUCAUAUCUUCUCAUAUAUUCGGUACAAUGACAAGUGGUGGAAGAUCGUCGAUGAUGAUGUGACUGAGGCAUCGGAAGAAACCGUUCUCAGCGAUAGCUCCGGGGUACACUUGGGAUCUGGGGCUUUUCUUAUGUUCUACUCGAAGCCGAACGAAGGGAAAGAAUCACCGUGGCCGCGCAAGGAUAGGAUCAAAUCUCAGAAGCUAGAUGAAGAAUUCCGAGCCACCUUGCCACCGACCGUGCGAUUCAAGUUUGAAAAAUCGGCACAGAUAAUUUCACCUACAGAUUCGGACGAGGACGAGUACAUGGACGCCGAAGAAAGUAUUAUAGUCGAAGCUGACCCGGCUGUGGACAAGGUGGAGGAACUUGGCGAGAAUAAAGCAGAUAAGCUAGGCGAUGAGACAGAUAAGAGGCGCGAUGAUGGGAUGCAAGAUGUAGUUGUUGGACGACACGAGGUCUUUGAAUAUUCAUACCGCGUAGGCCCUAAGGAGGCUCGUAAACGAAUCAAACUUGUGGUCAUCCAACGACGGGAGCAACGCCGCAAGUCCCUCAUUGCAGCAGGAAGGAUAUUUGAGCAUGCUCCUGUGCGACUCAGGCUGAAUCUUCAUCGAGCCAAGUAUGGUGACCCGGAAGUUGUGUCUGGGAGCCGUGAAGUACCGAUCACUUUGCGUCGCAAGGUCAAGCCUGCUCCGAACACUAUUAUUGUACACCGAAAAGUCGCACAACCACAGCCGACUGUGGUAGUUCAGCAGGUCAAGCAAAAGUCGACACCGUCUCCCAAAGAAAAUGUGAUUAUGAUUCAGCCUGCUCCGCCAGUAGCACCACCAGAGCCGAGGCGCAUCGAACUUAUUGACCAGCCAGUGGGCCCAGGAGAUCUCAUUCAACAGCCACCUGAAGUCAUUGUUAUUCCUCCAACGCAAACGCCUUCUCCUGAAAUAGUAACAAUCGAUCGUCCGUCUAGCCGUGCCAGUUCGGUGGGCAGCGUAACCCGUCCCAAGGUUAAGCGAUCCAACUCGCUUACAAACAGUUUCCGACGCUUCCCCAGCAUAAUGGGACUUAUUAGAAGAAACAGUAGAGACCGCAGGAGUGGUGGAACUGUUGUAUCUGAAGGCGAGCAUAUCAAUGAAGAAUAUGUAGACAUAGACCCUCGAGCGAGCUAUGAUGAUAUUAUUAUCGAAGAACGCGAGUCACAACUUGGCUCUCCUAUUGCUCCCUCGGCAAGACAUGGACCCCCCUCAGUAGCUGAGAGUCACCGUCCUCCAACGAUUCCUGGGUCCGUGGCGUCUGGUCGCUCUGGCCGCUCAAGUCGUUCCCGUGCUAUGUCUUUCGGAAGCCCGAAAAAUAGGCUUAUCAAGGCUCCUCCCCACCAGGUCCCCUUGCCAGAAUCUCACUCUCCGUCUUCGGGAACCUAUCCGAUUCACGCGCGUGAAUCUGCCGAAUAUGAGCCUGCACGAAGUGUGACAAGCCACCACACAGCAGACCGCUCUUACCGAGGACCACCAAGCACAGCGCAUGGUCCGACGUACACGGAAACGUAUUUGCAUGAUUCACCCACCUCUCAUACGCGUUCGUUACACGACCACGAAGGUUCGAUUAUAUCAAGAUCUCACCAUGAUGCCGCUUCUGUCAAGACGGACAACCGAUCAGUACCGGACUUGGCCAUGCAUUCUCCAUCAAGGCAUUCCCAAUCGGCCCAUUCGCACGCUCCUUCCGCCCGUUCGGCGCGCACCCGACACUCGGCCGAGGGAUCGACUCGUGAAGGCAGAGAGCUUGUCCUGCACGAAGGGCAUGGUGCGCGUUCGCCUUCUCUGCGAGAAGGGUCCAUUCGUGAUGGACACUUGAUUCGUGACGGUCACUCCGUUCUGGAUGGACACUCUGUUCGUGAUGGCCAUUCUAUUCGCGAUGGUUAUUCUGUCCGCGAUGGCUACUCUGUCCGCGAUGGUUCUGUUCGCGAUAGUUCAGUUCGUGAUGGCUAUUCCAUUCGUGAUGGACAAUCAGUCCGCGAUGGUUAUUCUGUCCGUGAUGGCUAUUCCGUCCGAGAUGGGCAAUCUGUUCGAGAUGGUCAUUCUGUUAGGGACGGUCACUCCCCCUCAAUACAGGAACCGUCCGUGCGAGGCGAUGUACGAUCCCCUUCACUCGGCGAGCCUUCUAUACGCGAUGGACAUUCGAUUCGAGAUGCUCGCUCCACUCACGGCGGUGAAUCGGUCCGCGGUGAUGGUGGACUAUACUCUCCCACUUCUUCAUUCCGGGAGCGCCUCUCAGAUGUCGACCGCGAGAAUGACCGUAUUCAGUACUUUGAUCGUUCUCCAGCCCAGUCGCGUGUGGGAUCUCCAUCCAUACGUGCACCUUCGAGUCGGGUCGCCAGUCCGCCUCUUCACUAUGCUGGCAGUCCUAGUAUUCACGCGCCCGAGUCGUAUAGGGAGGGAAGUCCGUCGCUCCACGCACCAAGUGUCCGGGCACCCUCCCAGAGGGUUGACUCACCUUCGUUGCAUGGUGGCGUGUCUGAGUAUACUCAUUCCCGCAAAGGGUCACCAUCGAUACAAGGCAACUCUCCUCCAGCAUCAGUUGUUGCUGGGUCGGUUAGGUCCGGCUACCCAGCAUCCUCAGUCAAUGGUCGUGUUAUUCGUCCCAAAUCUCCUCUAAGUCAAAGCGGUACCAGUUAUGCUUCGAGCAAGCGAUCCAAGGCCUCAAAGGGACCUGAAAUCACGCCGGUGCCGAUGCCCCCACCAUCGGUUAUUUCUCAUCGUUCUGGUGUUUCCCGAAACGGGGCUAAGUCACCCUUGUCCCGUGUCGCAUCUUCCGUCGCAAGCGAAGAACCCUCGCAAAUAAUAAUACCGGCGACGGCACCUAGUGUAGCAGGCGUUAUCUCGCAAGCCCCGACUUCCCGAUCAGGCGUACCUGUAGGUCCCACGAUAUCCAGGGUCCCAAGUUCUGCCGGUCAUCGAUCAAGGGCCCCAAGUGUCGUCCCAAGCACCGCGUACCGAACACCGCUCCCAGCUUCCACCUAUGCCCCAAGCGAGGUCUCCGAAGCCCCGACCCGAGCUCCGAGUGUCGCCCCGAGCACGGCCCGACGCAUGCCACUUCCGCCUUCCACCUAUGCUCCUACUGUCAUGUCAGAUGAUGCUGAGAGCACCAUUGCACCACCCUCCAGAAUUGGUAGCGUCGCUCCGAGCACCGCAUACAGGACCCCGCUGCCGCCAUCGACGUACGCACCGAGUGAAGCUCCAACCCGGACACCUAGCAAUACGGCCUAUCGGAUGCCCCUCCCACCCUCAACCUAUGCCCCAACGGUCAUGUCCGACGAUGCGGAGAGCACCAUCGCGCCUCCUUCGAGAAUGGGAAGUGAGGCUCCUAGUAUUGUACACCGGACACCCUUGCCCCCUUCGACGUACGCGCCCAGCGAAGCACCCAGUCGUGCCCCCAGUGUCGCGCCGAGCACGGCGUACCGCACUCCUUUGCCCCCUUCGACAUAUGCACCCAGCGAAGCACCGACUCGGGCCACUAGCAAAGCGCAUCGAACCCCGCUUCCGCCCUCCACUUAUGCACCAACGGUCAUGUCGGAUGAUGCCGAAAGUACUAUUGCCCCGCCCUCUAGGAUCGGUAGUGUAGCCCCAAGCACGGCGUAUCGAACCCCUUUACCUCCUUCGACCUACGCACCAAGUGAGGCUCCGACGCGAGCGACCAGUAGGGCUCAUAAGACACCACUCCCCCCUUCAACAUAUGCUCCAACCGUGAUGUCAGAUGAUGCACAAAGCACUAUUGCACCGCCCUCGAGGAUCGGUAGUGUAGCCCCAAGUACGGCGCACCGAACCCCUUUACCCCCUUCGACCUACGCACCAAGCGAAGCUCCGACCAGGGCACCAAGCGUCGCACCGAGCGUCGCACAUAGCUCAGCAUACCGGGCACCUUUGCCCCCUUCAACUUAUGCGCCAAGCGAAGCUCCCUCAAGGGCUCGAUCUCCUAGCAUUAUUCCUGACACUCCAUAUAGGGCGGCGAUCCCACCGUCAACGUAUGCUUCAAGUAUCAUGUCAGACGAGCCUGGUAGCACCGCGGUCCCCCCUUCUCGAGCGGGUAGUGUAGCACCAAGUGCGGCCUAUAGGACAGGCCUACCUCCUUCUACGUAUGCGCCGAGUGAAGCACCUACCAGGGCUCCAAGUGUUGCACCAAGCACUUCAUACAGGACCCCUUUGCCUCCCUCAACAUAUGCACCGAGCGAAGCACCUAGUCGAGCCCCAAGUUCUGCCGCGCAUAGGACACCGCUCCCUGCAUCGACUUACGCCCCAACUGUCAUUUCGGAUCGCACUCGUGCCAGGUCUCCAAGCAUUUCACAAAGCACAGCUUACAGAACACCUCUCCCAGCAUCGACUUAUUCUCCAAGCGUAAUUUCUCAAGCGCCUACUGCCAGGGCUCCAAGCGUAACUCCUUCGAGUGCAGCACACCACACACCACUGCCCCCCUCGAUAUACGCACCUAGCGUUAUCUCUGAAACACCCACCCGUGUGCCAAGCAGUGCCGCGCACAGGAUGCCCCUACCACCUUCAACUUACGCGCCAAGUGUAGUUUCGCACACGCCCACUUCGAGGUCGAGGCGCACACAGAGUGCAACAGGAGUUGCUCUUCCCGAGAGUGUAGUCGGUUCCCCGGUUUCUCGUCCUCCUAGCGCUGCUAACACCCAUCGAACUGGCAGUCUCCGUCGAACGCCUAGCGCGCUUGGCACGCCUCGUGUACCUCCAAGUGUUAUUGGUUCUCAACGUGUACCACCUAGUAUUGCCGGCUCUGGCCCUAGUCGGCACACCCCACCACCCGAAUCUGCGCCGUCCGAUAUUGCCCCCGAGUCCGAGUCACAUGGCGGUAAAGCAUUGAGGUCCCAGGCGCGAUUGGAGGGAGACAAGAUGUCCAUGGCGUUUACGGCUAGCCGUCAGGCGCAUGACGAAGGAGACAAGCUCCGGGCGAAGCAAUUGUCAGAUCUCGGGCGAGAACAUCAAGAGAAAAUGCACAAACUUCACGGCGAGGCUGCAAACCAAAUAUUCAAGGAGAAGAACGAUGGCCGACCCGCGGAUGAGGUUGACCUUCACGGUCUAUACGUUAAAGAAGCCUUGUCUCGUCUGAGCAGGUACCUUCGCGAAGCUCCUGUCGCCGGACAGACGACCGUUCGCGUCAUUACUGGCAAAGGAAUUCAUUCAGAGGGAGAACCACAACUUAUUCCUGCAGUAGAAGAGUCGCUCCGCAGCAAAGGACUCCGUCAUCAUACCGAUCCAAACAACGCCGGCGUCGUCGUCGUCGAACUCGGCCCUAGGUCUCCAGUUUCCGACUAA